AUGUUGACCCUGGGUGUCAGGUGCGAGGGACCCUCCUCCCCGCUCCCCGGCCCCCGCCUUGCCCACCCGGGACCCAUCGCCGCGGAGGUGCUGUCAGCCCUAGGGGACCCCUUCCUCCGGGGUCCGGAUGUGACGAGCGCCGACUUCCGCCUCCGAGGCCGGAGAGAGGCGAGGCCCUGUGUGCGGGAAGCCGGGUUCAGGGAUAUCGAGAAGCGGCUGUUGAGCCCUCGGUGUGAGGCAGGAGUCCCUGAGAUCACGGUUCAGCCCGACACCAUCGCCAUGCCCCUGGGUCAGAGGAGUGAGCUGUGGAAGCUGGAGGAAGACCCCGGUCCAGGACCGGGACAGGGCCUGGAGGAGGCACAGCAGUGCGGGGCUGGAGGGGAGGAGGCCCUACCUCCCUCCUCCGCCUCUGCCUCCUCCCAGUCCACCGUCCCUUCCCUCUCUUGCUCGGCCCCGUCUCUGGGCCCCCAGGAGGAGGGGUCUGCUGCGGGGACCCCGAGUCCUCCCCAGAGCCCUCAGAUGGCCUGCCCCUCGCCCGCGGCCAUGGCAGCCACUGCCUGGAGCCUGCCCGACCACGGCUCCAGCAGCUCAGAUGAGGAGGGGUCCAGCACCGGGGAGGAGUCCGAAGAAGCCGAGCCCAGGCUCUCUGACAUAGUCCAGGAGAAGACAGCUGACCUGGUGGGGUUCCUGCUCCUCAAGUAUCUCACCAAGGAGCCGGCCAGCCAGGCGGAGAUGCUGGCGAUCGUCGGCGAGGAUGAGCAGGACGCCUUCCCCGGGAUGCUGGGCCAGGCGUCCGAGUGCAUGCGGCUGGUGUUCGGCGUGGAGGUGAAGGAAGUGGACCCCGGCGAGCACUCCUACGUCCUGGUCGCCGUCCUGGGCCUCACCUGCGAUGCGAUGCUGAGCGGUGAGCAGGGCCCGCCCAAGACCGGCCUCCUGGUGGUGCUCCUGGCGGUGAUCCUCCUGGAGGGCGACCGUGCCCCCGAGGAGGUGGUGUGGGAAGCGCUGGGGGUCAUGGGGGUGUAUGCCGGCGAGGAGCACAUCAUUUACGGGGAGCCCCGGGAGCUCCUGACCAACGUCUGGGUGCAGGAAGGGUACCUGGAGUACCGGCAGGUGCCCGGCUGUGACCCUGCCCGCUACGAGUUCCUGUGGGGUCCCAGGGCCCACGCGGAAACCAGCAGGUUGCAGGUGCUGGAGUAUUUGCUGCGGGUCUAUCCCGGGCUGCCGGUUUCCUCCCUGGCCCCCUCUGAAGAGGCUGUGAGCCAUGAGGAAGAGGGGGCCUGA